GGUGGCCGUUACUCGGCGUCGGGACCGUUGCGCUGAGGUAAAAAGCGGCCCGCCCCCGAUGCUCGCUGCCGCCGCGGAGUGAAGCUACCGCCAUCCCACCCUUACCUUCCCCCCCUGCAACGGCUCAGCGGGGCUCGCGCUCCCCGGCGGCGACAUGGGCGAGCGCGGCUCCGGCGGCGAUGUCAACUCCAACGUGCUGGUGGCCCGCAGCACCGGCGACGCGCAGCUCGACAAGGCCGUGUGGCAGUGGCUGAGCUGGGAUAAGAACCCCAAAACGAAAGAGCAGAUUGAAACCUUGCUGCAGGAUGGAAAGCACAAGGAGCUGCGGGACCGGCUCUGCUGCCGCUUGUCCUUCGGGACCGCGGGGCUUCGCUCUGCCAUGGGAGCAGGUUUCUGCUACAUCAACGAUCUCACCGUGAUCCAGUCAACCCAGGGCAUCUACAAGUAUCUUGAGGGGUGUUUUUCGGACUUUAAGCAGAGAGGCUUUGUUGUUGGAUAUGAUACACGAGGUCAGGUGACCAGCAACUGCAGCAGUAAGAAGCUUGCCAAGCUCACUGCAGCAGUGCUGCUGGCUAAAGAUGUGCCCGUGUACUUCUUUUCAUCGUACGUCCCUACGCCCUUUGUGCCCUACGCUGUUCAGCAGCUCAAAGCUGUUGCUGGAGUGAUGAUCACAGCAUCCCAUAACCGGAAGGAGGACAACGGAUACAAGGUUUAUUGGGAAAAUGGAGCCCAGAUCAAAUCUCCUCAUGAUAAGGAAAUUAUAAAAUGUAUAGAAGAGUGUGUUGAACCAUGGAAUGGCUCUUGGAAUGAGAAUCUGGUYGAUACCAGCCCCCUUAGACAAGAUCCUCUGAAGAAAAUUUGUGACUCCUACAUGGAAGAUCUGAAGAAGAUCUGUUACCAUAGGGAGCUAAACAUGCAAACCAGCCUGAAGUUUGUUCAUACCUCAUUUCACGGAGUUGGACACGACUACGUGAAGUUGGCGUUCGAAGCGUUCGGCUUCCAGCCCCCCAUUCCAGUCCCGGAACAAAAAGAUCCAGAUCCAGACUUCCCUACUGUCAAAUGCCCAAAUCCUGAAGAAGGGGAAUCUGUGCUGGAGCUGUCCCUGAGGCUUGCAGAGAAGGAAAACGCCAGAGUAGUAGUGGCCACAGAUCCAGAUGCAGAUAGAUUAGCAGUGGCAGAGCAGCAGAAUGGCUGCUGGAAGGUGUUCACUGGCAACGAGAUGGCAGCUCUGUUUGGCUGGUGGAUGUUUUCUCGCUGGAAGGAAAACUGCUCCCAAGAUGCUGAUGUGAAGAAUGUUUACAUGCUAGCGACCACAGUCUCCUCUAAGAUUUUGAGGGCAAUUGCACUUAAAGAAGGAUUCCACUUUGAAGAAACACUCCCUGGUUUUAAAUGGAUUGGAAGUAGAGUAAAAGAUCUCUCAGAUAAUGGGAAAGAAGUYCUCUUUGCCUUUGAAGAGUCUAUUGGGUUCAUGUGUGGAACGUCAGUGUUGGAUAAAGAUGGUGUAAGUGCUGCUGUGGUCAUAGCUGAAAUGGCAGCUUACCUGGAAAGCAAGAACCAAACCCUAGAACAGAAACUCAUUGAGAUAUACGAGACGUACGGAUAUCAUAUAGCAAAGACUUCCUAUUUCUUGUGCUACGAUCCUCCUACUAUCAAAAGGCUCUUUGAAAGGCUGCGCAACUUCGAGGGCCCUCAGUCUUACCCCAAGUUUUGUGGCGAUUAUAACAUAUUACACGUGCGAGAUGUUACCACUGGCUACGAUAGCAGCCAACCGAACAAGAAAUCGGUGCUGCCGGUGAGCAAAAGCAGCCAGAUGAUCACCUUCACCUUCCAGAACGGCUGCGUGGCCACGCUGCGCACGAGCGGCACGGAACCCAAGAUCAAGUACUACGCGGAGAUGUGCGCGCCGCCCGAGCAGAGUGACAGAACCUUCCUCGAAGAGGAGCUGCGGAAGCUCAUUGCAGCCUUGAUUGCCAAUUUCCUCGAGCCCGACAAGAACRGACUGAUCUGGCGCUCUGCUUAGAGCCCCGGCUCGUGGCGGCGGCGCCGCGGCCGCUCGCCGCGUGGAACCCACACCAGGACGCCACGUAGCGCGGGUGCGUGUUCAAACAGCUACGUUUCUGCCUGUAGAGAAGCAGAGUUCUUUUGUCAGCUUUUUCACCAAAAUCUGGGCUCACAAACACACAAGAAAGAAGUGAAGGAGGGGAAUUUAUUAACUAGAAUUUUGCCGCCUUUGACCAAAAGACUAAUUGAAUUACACCAGUGGGAAUGAACUCCUGUAGCACCCACCUCAUAGGAGCUACUGGGCUUCAUCUUAAGCUAACUUCUAGUCCCCAGUACUCUUCUGUGUGUUAAAUCUUUAAAAUCUGAUGCUCCUAGUGUUUGAAGGAAGUGAGCACCCCAAACUGACAAAAAAAGCUUUCUGCUUCUUCGUAGCUGUUGUGCGUGAACGUGGGUGUCAUCGUUACAGGUCUUAAUUUACAGAUACGUGAAACUAGAAUUCAGUGCUUAGGGUUUCUUGUUGAGGCAUGUUGUUCUGAUAGGACCUUUUUUUAGCUGCAUAAGUAACUCUCUGUUGUUCAAGGUGCUCUUGGUGCAUUGUGGCUUUCCUCUGUGUAUCUUGAAAUGUUUACUCGACAGCACAACCAUAGUGGCGACGCGCGCGGUUCCGCUUGCAGCCUGGUCUUCGAGCUACGGCGGGCCUGCGCGAGGCUUCCAGGCGAGUAGAAACGUGUUCACUUUGUGGCUACACGACCUGUUCUGCCCACUGCAGGCCAGAGAAUCGUUCGUGUCCACCUUUUCCCAUCCCUGAAGGAACUUGGAACUUUUUUUAAUAGAGCUUUUGGGAAUUCAGUCACUUGUGAAGAUGCCAGUUGAUGAUUUGUCUUAUUUUUCAUGACUGGAAUUCUGGCUCUUGCAAUGAGAAGUGGAGGAGAGCAGAGGUGAGACACUGACCCCCUUGACUUCUUUUUUUUAUUGUCUCACCUUGAAAACUAAUUUCUGUUAAAAGAGCAGUUUACAAAUAUUACUGAUCUUUACCACUUAGAGCAAAUUUUUACUCUUUAUCAUCUCUUUUCUACCUUUGCUUGAGUAGAAAGUGAUGCUACUAUUUUUUCAUUUUUCAAAAAAACAACUUUUUGGUAUAGGGAAGCUGUGAAAGCUCUUUUGCCCAAAACACCCUAUUUAGAAAAACUAUACUGCUCAACUUUUUAACGUGUGCUACUAAAUUCCUAACAGAAGCCUCCAGAACAAGGUGAGUGCUGAUCAGGACGUCCAUCAGCAGACGCAACUGGACCCUAUAUUGAAAAAUGCACUUAUUGAAAAGCAUUAAUUUGCCACUAUGGUUAAAUCUCCUCAAUUUCUCCUCUGUCUUGUUAUACCCUUACAGCUUGGUGCCAGAGGAGUCGGUUUGUAUGCCCUGCACCCAGACAGCUUUAAAGAGCACCGAGGUUUCCAUGUCCAAGUGGGUCCUGGGUAUUUCUUGCUGACAGCAGCUUUGCACUAUAACCAUGGUCAAGUAUUUUGCUAUAUGUGAAUGUACGUGUCUUGCAGAAGGCGUGUUGCACAAAUCCUUAUUUGUCACCACUAUUUAUUUUUUUUUUUUUUUAUUUUAAGAGAAGAUAUUUCCACGUGGCUCUGCAAUUGAGUGAGAUGUAUCUAAUGCCAAAAAAGACUGUUGUUUUUUCUGUUGUUCCUCGACUGUAUAUUUGACUCAAGUAUUGGGAAGAUGAAAGCAUUGAAGCUCUGAGUGUGCUUUGAUAUUACACAGCUUUGGAGAGGUACCCGGGGGUGUGAAGGCCGCUCUCCAAGUGCUGCUUUGCCUUCAUUUCCCRCAAAAAAAGUGCGGGUUUGGAUCCUGCUCUCGCUCCGCUGGAGGCAAAGGAGGUUUCAUGGUUUGUUUCCCUGGCAGGUGCCUCCAGGCCUGGAGUGAUUUGGCUUUUCARUAGAGUUCAGAAGAGAACAAGACAGGUUUUGAACAAAGCUAAACCCCGUUAAAAGCUUCAUGUGUGUGUGACGAGGCCCCUGUCUGCGCUUACGUUUUGCUCCUACAAAGAGCAGGAAGCUGCUCUUUUCCCCCAGGAAACUGCUCUGUAUCCAUAGGCCAGGACUGUAAAUGUAGCAYAGAGCAAAAAAUAGGGUUAUAUUUUGAAAGGGGCCACUCUUGGUGGCUGAAAAUCUUUAUUAAAAGCAGACUUGAGCAGCUAAGUACCUGGGGCCGAGGCCCUUGUUAUUUGAGCAGUUUGGUAGGGCUGUAGUAGUGCGUUUGGAAGGACAGGAACAGGCACAACAUACUGAAUGUAUUCUAAGGGUAUAAUAACUAUUGCUGUUUUUGAAAACUGCUGCUACCGUUGUUUUCCUAUUGUAUUUGAACUGUUUGAUAUAUUUAUACUGUUCCGUUUGGAGAACCCAUUUCCUUUUYGCCCCCUUUCCCUUACCGUGGAGGACUGUAUUGCUCUGACUUCAUUGCUCCGUGACUUUGGCAUAUGCAGUGUUCGAGUUUGUGGGACUUUGUUGUGCACAAGCUUCGCUCGGUCGUCCUCGGUUCUUGGCUGCUUUUCCAAGAGGAACAAAAGCUGCGGAGGCCGGAGCAGGAGGCAGGUACCAGAUCAACAGGCAGAUCAACAGAUUCUGGGUGCCGCUGCCGGAGAACACGCACCUUUCCCGAGGCUGCUCUGCACCAAAUGAGCAACUUAAGCUGUAACCAGCCCCCCUCUCCUUUAAUUUUUAGCAUUUGAUAAAAUCCAGAGUGAUUUUGGUCUUUUUCCCUUUUGGAUGUGCCGGGCUGGGUCUSUGUCCCUCAGCUAUGCGGUGGCUGGCAUCCUGCCCGGAUGCUUUCCUUAAUUCCUUAAUUUUGAAGAGCCUUUGGAGCAUGCGUGUGCGUGUGUUAUUCCCAAGCCUGGUCGCAUUGCACUCCAUGGGCUUACAGGACGUCUAGGAUCCAAAAACCGGGACAUGGAAGAACCAGUUCCAGGGCAGAAGGGGCUGAGAUGCUCCCA